AAUUCUUGUUGACAGGAGCCUUUGAUGCGCAUAUUUAACCUUCCGGCCUAAGAUAACGAUUCGUGGCUUGCUUUCUACAAAUGCGGUUCUCAACGUCUCGACAAACGGCAUCGUCUUGCUCGUGCUUAAGUCGCAGCUGCAAUGCAAAGGCGAUCAGAACAACGCAGUACAGGCCUCGCUCCUCAAUUGCUGCUACAACUCUGCAAUCCGUCGACAGCGACGUCGCGCGCGUAGCUCCAGACUGUUCUGACGGAACCACAUAUCAUCCUAAGGGCUAUAAUGGCGCACUUAUGCUUCAAGCGUUCGCGUGGGACUCUUGCUUUCAGCAUAAUUGGUACGGGACAGUAAUGAGCAAGGUGCAGGACUUAAAGGCGUUGGGGAUAUCACAUGUCUGGCUGCCUCCCCCUUCCCAGAGCGUUUCUCCUCAGGGCUACAUGCCCGGCCAGCUGUACAACUUGACGAGCAAGUACGGCAACCGAGAGCAGUUGAUGAAGCUUAAUCAGGCGCUGCAGCUGGCAGGUAUUCAUCCUAUCGCCGAUGUUGUCAUUAACCACCGCUGCGCAGAUGAGAUGGACGGCGGUGUGUACAACAGGUUUCGUGAUGACGUGGACCACAAGGGUCGGCGUAUCGACUGGGGCAAGUGGGCCAUUACGUGCAACGAUCCCGCCUUCCAGGGAUCCGGAAAUCCCGACACCGGUGACGAUUACGGCCCUGCCCCCGAUCUGGACCACGCUAACCCGGAGCUGCGAGCCGCCCUGAAGGACUGGCUGACGUGGCUGCAGAGGGACAUUGGGUUUCGGGGCUGGAGGCUGGAUUUUGCUCGAGGGUACGGCGCUCAGUUUGUUACCGAAUAUGUCGACGCAACAACGGGAAAGGACCACCUCAACGUUGGCGAGUUUUGGGUGGAUCUCUCCUGGAGUGGGCCCCACUUGGAUUACAAUCAAGAUGGCGCUCGGCAGCGUCUGUGUAACUGGAUCCGGGCGAAUGGGGAGAGGAGUUGCGCAUUCGACUUCCCUACUAAGGGCCAGCUUCAGGAGGCGGUCAAGAAGUGCCAGUACGACAGAUUGCGUGACUCUAAGGGUAAAGCCCCUGGACUACUGGGCUGGUGGCCAGGCAAGGCGGUGACCUUUGUUGAGAACCACGACACGGGCAGCACUCAGCAACACUGGCCCUUCCCACCACAACAUGUGGCGCAGGGUUACGCGUACAUUCUCACCCACCCGGGCAUCCCCUGCCUGUUCUGGGACCAUUUGUUCGGUUGGGGUGAGGCUCUGAGACGGGACAUUGCGGGUCUGGCGGCGCUGAGGCGGCGGUGCGCCCUGGAGGCGGACAGCCCGUUGACUAUUCUGGCUGCAGAGAAGGACUUGUACGUGGCUCGAGUGGACGGGAGUUUGGUCCUAAAAAUGGGGCCUCGGUUCGACAUGGGCUCCUUGCUGCCCCGGAAAGAUGAGGGCUGGGUGUUGGCGCAAUCUGGAACCGAUUGGGCGGUGUGGGAGAGGAGGUCCUCCCAGUAA